AAUUAGUUAGACAUCUAAAGGUAAAAUGCAUGAUGUUGUAUUACUGAAAUUAUGUAGACACGUGUGUUCUACCCCUCAACGUGCACUCAUUUCUUUAUUCGUUCGUUGUCAAACUCAAUCUCUAACCCCCUUUCAAACUUGAGUUUCAAACUUCAAAGAAAUGGCAUCCGAUCGUGAGCAACUCCCUCAUUCCUCUCUCGCAAAGGAAGGAAAGUCAUCUGGUGAGAUUAGGAGUGCAAGGGAGCCUUUGCUUAAUGGGGUUCAUGACUCCGAAAGCUAUUCCGUCUCUGCUACAAUUCUCCCAUUUCUCUUCCCAGCUCUGGGUGGCUUUCUAUUUGGCUAUGAUAUUGGUGCCACAUCUAGUGCAACCAUUUCCAUUCAGUCACCAACGCUAAGUGGAAUAUCUUGGUACAAGUUGUCUUCUGUUGAAAUUGGUCUUCUUACUAGUGGAUCAUUAUAUGGUGCCUUAAUUGGCUCUGUAUUGGCCUUCAAUGUUGCUGACUUCUUAGGUAGAAGAAGGGAGCUGAUUACAUCUGCAUUACUGUAUCUUGUUGGAGCCAUUGUAACAGCAAUAGCUCCUAAUUUUCCAAUUUUGGUGCUUGGGAGAAUUGUCUUUGGCAUAGGAAUUGGACUGGCAAUGCAUGCUGCUCCAAUGUACAUUGCAGAGACAGCUCCAACACCAAUACGUGGACAACUAAUUUCUUUAAAAGAGUUCUUUAUAGUACUUGGGAUUGUUACAGGAUAUGGAAUUGGUAGCUUGUUGGUAGACACUGUAGCUGGUUGGCGGUAUAUGUUUGCAGCUAGUAGUCCUGUGGCAGUAAUCAUGGGACUUGGAAUGUGGUGGCUCCCAGCUUCUCCUAGAUGGCUACUUUUACGGGCUAUACAGGGGAAAGGGGAUGCUCAGGAUUUGAAAGACACAGCAAUUCGUAGUUUGAUCCAGCUUCAUGGUCAGGCUAUUUGUGAUUCUGCUCCUCAGCAAGUAGAUGAGAUUCUGGAAGAGCUUUCUUGUGUAGGGGAAGAAAAAGAAGUUACCUUCGGAGAAAUGUUCCAAGGGAAAUGCUUAAAAGCCCUUUGGAUUGGCGCAGGAUUGGUAUUGUUUCAACAGAUCACAGGGCAACCAAGUGUGCUCUACUAUGCUGCAUCGAUCCUUCAGAGUGCAGGAUUCUCUGUAGCAUCCGAUGCAACCCGGGUCUCUAUUCUCCUUGGUUUUUUUAAGUUGAUUAUGACUGGAGUUGCAGUUGUUGUUGUUGAUAGACUUGGAAGGAGGCCUUUACUACUUGGAGGAGUUUCAGGAAUGGUGAUCUCUUUAUUCCUUCUGGGUUCGUAUUACAUUUUCUUGGAUAACACAGCAGCUGUUGCUGUAGUUGGUCUGCUGUUGUACGUAGGCUGUUAUCAGAUUUCCUUUGGUCCAAUCGGUUGGCUCAUGAUAGCAGAGAUUUUCCCCCUGCGCCUAAGAGGACGAGGACUUAGUAUAGCUGUACUUGUCAAUUUUGGUGCAAAUGCCCUUGUGACAUUUGCUUUUUCCCCACUAGAGGAAUUACUGGGAGCAGGAAUUUUGUUCUACAUAUUUUGUGCAAUAGCGGUUGCAUCUCUUGUAUUCAUAUACCUUAUUGUACCAGAAACCAAAGGGCUAACACUAGAGGAGAUUGAGGCCAAAUGUCUCUAAUCAGUCACCUUGUUGCCUCUAUAAAUAUCUGUUCAUAGUACUAUGCUGCUACUUGUCUUGUUUCCAAUGUAGCUGUAUGACAUAUUAUAUAAACCAGCAAUCCGUAAUGAUGAAUUUAUGCAGUUUUUUUUCCUCAAUUCUUUCU